CGCCGAGCUUGGGCGCGGCGGGCAGACGCAGGCCGGGAACCGUGAAGCGAGCUUCUUCCUGCUUUCCCGGCGCUGGGUCCCGGGGCCGCCAUGGAGCCCCGGGCGGUUGCAGAUGCCGUGGAGACGGGGGAGGAGGACGUAGUUAUGGAGGCUCUGCGCGCAUACAACCGGGAGAACUGCCAGAGCUUCACGUUUGAUGCUGCCCAACAGGAGGACAGGAAGAGACUGGCGGAGCUGCUGGUCUCGGUCCUGGAGCAGGGCCUGCCACCUUCCCGUCGCAUCAUCUGGCUGCAGAGCAUCCGCAUCUUGUCUAGGGACCGCAGCUGCCUGGACUCAUUCACCAGCCGCCGGAGCCUGCAGGCACUUGCCUGCUACGCUGGCAUCUCCGCCUCCCAGGGCUCGGUCCCCGAACCCCUGGACAUGGAUGUUGUGCUUGAGUCCCUUAAGUGCCUGUGCAACCUUGUGUUAAGCAGCCCCGUGGCACAGGUGCUGGCGGCAGAGGCGGGUCUAGUGGUGAGGCUCGCAGAGCGAGUGGGGCUGUACCGCCAGAGCAGCUUCCCGCACGACGUCCAGUUCUUUGACUUGCGCCUCCUCUUCUUGCUAACGGCACUUCGCGCCGAUGUGCGCCAGCAGCUGUUUCAGGAGCUGCAGGGAGUGCACCUGCUGACCGAAGCGCUGGAGCUGACGCUGGGAAUGACCCCUGGAGAGAGGCCCCCUGAGCUCCUGCCUCCCCAGGAGACUGAGCGAGCCAUGGAGAUCCUCAAAGUGCUCUUCAACAUCACCUUCGACUCCAUCAAGAGGGAAGUGGACGAGGAAGACACUGCCCUUUACCGGCACCUGGGGAUCCUUCUGCGGCACUGUGUGAUGGUUGCUGCUGCUGGAGACCGCACAGAGGAGUUCCACGGCCACACGGUGAACCUCCUGGGGAACUUGCCCCUCAAAUGUUUGGACGUUCUUCUCACCCUGGAACCCCACGAAGGCUCUUUGGAGUUCCUGGGAGUGAACAUGGAUGUGAUUCGUGUUCUCCUCAGCUUCCUGGAGAAGCGUCUGCACCAGACGCACAGGCUGAAGGAGAGUGUGGCCCCCGUGCUGAGCGUGCUGACGGAGUGUGCCCGCAUGCACCGGCCCGCCAGGAAGUUCCUGAAGGCCCAGGUGCUGCCCCCGCUGCGGGAUGUGAGAACCCGGCCCGAGGUGGGGGAGCUGUUGCGGAACAAGCUGGUUCGCCUCAUGACGCACCUGGACACCGACGUGAAGAGGGUGGCAGCCGAGUUCCUGUUUGUCCUGUGCUCUGAGAGCGUGCCCCGAUUCAUCAAGUACACAGGCUACGGGAAUGCUGCCGGCCUCCUGGCUGCUAGGGGCCUCAUGGCAGGGGGCCGGCCUGAGGGCCAGUACUCGGAGGACGAGGACACGGACACAGACGAGUACAAGGAAGCCAAGGCCAGCAUAAACCCAGUGACUGGGAGGGUAGAGGAAAAGCCUCCCAACCCCAUGGAGGGCAUGACGGAGGAGCAGAAAGAACAUGAGGCCAUGAAGCUGGUGAACAUGUUUGACAGGCUCUCCAGGCACAGAGUCAUCCAGCCCAUGGGGAUGAGUCCCCGGGGUCAGCUCACAUCCCUGCAGGAUGCCAUGUGCGAGACCAUGGAGGGACAGCUCUCCUCGGACCCUGACUCGGACCCUGACUGAGAAUGGCUGCUCUUCCGCUGCCCUUCAGAACUGGUGCUGCUUCCAGAGGAGUCCUGGGGGCCAGGACCUGGGGAAGCCACAUCCCUCCCUCCAACUCGGAGACCCUUUUCUCUUUACUCCCACACUUCUAUUCGUGAUUUGCCUUUGGUCCAUUUUCUUCUCUUCAGGGCUGCGAGGGUCUUGUCCUCCGAACUCUGGGAACUCGGCCUUGCUUUCCACAAAUGAAGUGGCUUCUUUUAUGUGUGCCUGAGGGCAGGGCUUAACCGAAGGCAGAAAUGUACAUGGGUUUGGGAGGGCAGGGGCUGAGUGUGGGCUGAGUGAGACACAGCACAUCCACAGCUGGCACGCAGGCCCAGAGCUGGUGUUGGGCAAGCACCACAUUUCACAGGGGAAAGAACCUGCUGGAACUUUAUAUGCUAAUGCCGGAAACACACUUACAAGGUAUGAUCUGCUGUUUUUGUCACCACUGAGUGCAGGGCUGGUAGCCUCUUGCAUUCUCGGUCCUGGCUCAGUGCCCAAGUUCUCUGGUUGUGCCAGUUGGGUCUCGAUCCUUCCCACUGGUUUCAGCCAUAAAUACAUGAAGGAAAA